CUCAAAAGCCCUCAUCGUUCGGACUACUCUAUAAGCGCACAUCAGGGCAGCUAUUUUCUUUGCUUUCUCCGUCCCGUAGCCCGAGUCUAGCUUCUCACAUAGACACAGAACUUCCCACAUCCAUUAUGAAAACUUGCAUUUCCUGCUACUACAAAAAUGCUCAUAUUAGCCUCGCUGCAUUCGAUCAACGAAGCUUCGGUGAACGUAUUGUAGACAAACUAGCGCUGUCGUCGAAUCCCACAAAGAGCCUGUCUCAUAAUAUUACUGAUUGCCUGUCGAGCGCUCUAAUCGUAGUGUCGAGGUAUCAUAUUCGUGAUAUACGCUCAUUGAUAUCUUGAUCCACUGUUGGUGUUUCUAGUUAUCAAUUAGGUUUUUGUCGAUCGAAAGAGUUUCAAAACAUGUCUGCU